AUGCACACGGGCAACCUGUCGCCUCCGGUGUCAUCCUCAGUUCCUGAACCACCUAGUGCCUGUCCCGUCCGGUCUAAAGACUCUCCCUUCUAUGUGCCACCGAAGUCGAAAUCUUCAGAUAUGCCAAUGCCUUCUAAAUCAGAAAACAAAUCAACCUUAUCCAAACUGAACCCUUUGAACUAUAUGUUCUCCUCCAUCUCUCAGGAACGAGCACCGGACCAAAUCGUCGACCUGCCGCUGGAGCGUGAGCCUUCCUCUAUACCCCGCGGAGAUACAGAUAGCAAUUGGGAGUAUCCGUCUCCUCAGCAAAUGUACAAUGCUAUGUUGCGCAAAGGUUACACGGAUACCCCUCAGGAUGCAGUGGAAGCAAUGGUUGCAGUGCACAACUUUCUGAAUGAAGGCGCUUGGGAGGAAAUUGUCGGAUGGGAACGCAUAUUCUCGAAAGGUCUAAAAAAUGGCUGGGAAAAGUGCCGACGUGGCGAGGAAAACAUCGCAUUAGAUGCUGCCAGGGAAGUGACAGAUGCUGCUGCUCAGGAGAAUCAGCCACGCCUUCUCAGGUUCAAAGGUCGGCCGCAGGAGCUUACUCCAAAGGCGCAGGUUCUGCAAACACUAGGUUGGCUGUAUCCAGCAAAGUUUGGAACACCUGCACCGUUCGAUCGACACGACUGGUUUGUGAUGCGACAGACGCCAUCUGGCCCGAAAGAAGUUCGUUAUGUGAUUGAUUACUAUUCAGGGCCUCCCGAGCCUACAGGAGAGCCAGUCUUCUAUCUGGAUAUCAGGCCUGCUUUGGACACACCUACCGCUGCUAUCGAACGAUUGAUGAGAUGGGGAGGCGAUGUUUGGUGGCGAUCUACUGGUGCUGUAGUUCGAGAAAAUGGCGGGAACUAA